AAAUGCUUUUUUUUGCUCCCUGUGUUUUCUGGAUCUGUUCUAGGGGUCUCUUUGCUUUUGUGCCAUUCGAUUUAAAUUUCACGAGCCCUAAAUCCACAAUUUUUUAGUCAGGCUGAAAAACACAACCUUUGCCUGCAAAUCAUGAUCAGAUUACCAAAUAGCAUCUUAUGUUUUUUUAAAAAAUAAAAUUGGACAGAUUUUGUAUCCUGUGCGCGGUCUGGAUAAACAAGAAGUUGAAGCUAAGCAUGAACAGAGUGAAGAAAUGGAAGGGAAAAAGGAGGAAAGAGAAGCCAAAGAAACUGAGAGAAAGAGACGUCCAACACGCAUGGGAGGAAUAAAGAAAAGGAAGCAAGGACGAGAGGGAAAGGCUCCAUUUAUAAUUUCUUCCAAUGUACAUGAUAUGUUAAGUUACGAUAUGAUAUAUACUCAAAGUGAAAAUCAUCCAUCUCCUAACUCUCCGCAAACAAAAGUCAAAAAAGGAAGAUGAUCAUCACCAUCUUGAAUGGCCCCCACACGCCUCCACUAAAGGAUUGUGGAGUGAUGAGAAGCCCGGAUUGAAUGACUGAAAGUGAUCGACAAGCAAAAGUCAGCUUGGUGGAAUUCAUAUAAGAUCAAUGCUCAAUAGUGGACAUGCAAGGUUUGUCGUGAGGAGAUAGAGACGAGAGCCAACUGAGAGUUUUGCUUCUCUUUUCUACUUGUUAAUGGUGCAAAUGGAACCUAAAUGGCUGGUUUUGUUGGCAGUGAUUUUAAGUUUGUUUGCAGAAACUCAACAAGGAUUGACAUCCGGGUUUUACUCUUCUUCAUGCCCAAAGGCUGAGGCCACAGUCAGGUCCACUGUUGAAACGCACUUCAAGCAGGAUCCUACAAUUGCAGCUGGUGUUCUUAGGCUUCAUUUCCAAGAUUGCUUUGUUCAGGGCUGCGACGCUUCGAUACUGAUAACUGAGGCUUCAGGUGAGACAGAUGCAUUGCCCAACGCAGGAUUAAGAGGAUUUGAUGUGAUAGAUGACGCCAAAACUCAACUGGAGGCCUUGUGCCCCGGGGUGGUAUCAUGUGCUGAUAUACUAGCACUAGCUGCUCGUGAUGCUGUUGGCUUGAGUGGUGGUCCAAGUUGGUCAGUGCCCACAGGAAGACGAGAUGAGACGAACGUAUCUUCAUCCCCGGAUGCCUCUAAUUUCCCUGCUCCUAAUGAUUCUAUUCCUGUCCUAAGACAGAAGUUUGCUGAUAAAGGCCUCAACACUAAUGACCUUGUAACACUAGUUGGGGCACACACCAUUGGGCAAACGAACUGUUCGGUCUUCCAAUACCGUCUCUACAACUUCACGACAAGGGGAAAUGCAGACCCAACAAUAAACCCAGCUUUCCUUGCUCAGCUGCAAGCCCUUUGUCCUGAAGGUGGCAAUGGCUCCACAAGGGUGGCGCUGGAUACAAAUAGCCAGACCAAAUUCGAUGUCAAUUUCUUCAAGAAUGUGCGGGAUGGGAAUGGAGUCCUGGAGUCGGAUCAAAGGCUUUUUGGAGAUAGCGAAACUCGGAAGAUCGUUAGGAAUUAUGCUGGUAACGGAAGAGGCAUACUGGGGCUUAGAUUUUAUAUUGAGUUUCCAAAAGCCAUGAUUAAAAUGAGUAGCAUCGGGGUCAAGACUGGUACUCAAGGAGAGAUUCGAAAGACAUGCUCAAAGUCCAAUUAAUCCAUCAUAUAAAAUCAAAUAGAAUAAUAAAAGGUAAUAGUAUAUAGUAUAUGCAUAUGAUGUAUCCAUAGGAGCCAUGACCAGGCCAGGGGGGAGCCUCGGCUCGCCCACUUCCAUAUAAUUACAAGCAUGCGAUCAUGGAUAUCCUUUUCCGCUUUCUAUUAAUAAAACUGGGUGCACUUUCCAAGUGUCCACUCCAUACUCCAUAA